AUGGCCAUCGAAGAGAUUACCAACCCCGACACCUUUCGCGCGGCGCUCAAGGAGCACAAGGUGGUUGUCGCCGACUUUCACGCUCUGUGGUGCGGCGACUGCAAGAUGAUUGAUCCCUUUUUCAAAAAGCACGCUGCCGACGAAAAGUUCAAAGACGUCUACUUUUGCAAGAUUGACGUCGACGUGCUGCAGGACCUGAGCAAGGAGCUCAGCAUCCGCCGCAUGCCCACCUUUAUCCUCUUCAAGGACGGCAACCGCGUCGAGGACAUUUUCGAGCCGAACCCGCCCCAGCUGGACGCCUUUCUGGCCAAGGCGCUGUAA